CAGCGUUUCACACUUGCGAGUGUCACAGCUCUUCAUUCUAGUUCAUUCACACCAGGUUACAGCAAUUCAGAACGGCAGGCUGCUGCCCAUGCUUUGCUUAGGCACAACUCACAUUUGGAUGGCACACAUUAUCAUACAAGGAACCCCGCUGGACUUCACCCUUCAUACAUUGCAUUCAACGAGGCGCUAACAUCCCCUGAUAAAAGAAUGAUCACACACGAGGAAUUUGUGGAGGCUGCACUCCAAGACAUUUUUGAUGCAGUUUGCAUGCAAGACCGUCUAGAUGGUGGAAUCUCACUUCUCAUUUGCUGCCCUGGGUCUAACGCUACAAGCACUCUGUCGGCUGAACGUAUUGCUGUGGAUCUCUAUAUUACACCUCGCGAGCUUCAUGAGGUCCCUGAACGAAUCGGAGGGGAUGUAUCAGUCCUG